UGGGAACUAAGUCACGUGGUUUUAAAAACCCGGAAAUAAAAAUCUGUUGACGGGUUAUGAGAAUUGAGAAGUGUUUACAUACAUAAAUAUGUUUUUCGUGCGUGUAUAUUGGUCGUGUUAGGUCAACAUGUGCUAACAUGUAGGUUUUAAUGGUCUUUGUUGUUCUAAAUCGUAGUUUGUCAUGAGGUUGGAAGAGUGAAGUCGUUUCUGCGCCUCCAUGGACAAAGACAGGAGCGUCGACUUUCAGGCACCCUGCUCCUGGGUGGACAUGCACCAGUUCAUCGGGGACCUCCUCUCAUCGGGAGCCCCCCCUAAAGGCCAGCCGGACGCCCGGAACGCGGCGUGGGGGCUGAAGGCGUCCUCACUCGAACCGCUCCAGUCCUUCAGACCGGCGCCGGACAAGAGGGACGCCGCCCCGGGAGCGCGGCUGCAUCCGGGGGCGCCGCAGAGGAGAGGCCCGGACACGAGCAGGGAAGAUUUGCGUCACACCUGUACAUGUCCCAGCUGCCCGUACUCCAGCUCCGCCUCAUCCAGGCACAUGCUGCAGUCGGAGUCGACAUGCCAACCCAAAGACCUCAGCAUCAGCAUGUGCGUACCGGACACCACCGUUCCCGCCAGCAGCUCAAGGUCGGAGCUCAAGUCCAGUGAAACCAGCCCGUCCCAGGUGGAGGAUGCAGACAGAGGAACUCAGAGUGACCAGCUAAACUCCAGCACUCCUCCUUCCAGGGCGUCCUCCAGCUCUUUAUCCCAUCUCUCCAUGUUCCCGUCUUUCUGCUGUCACAGAGGCCUCAGGACCUGCUCUGGGGUUCUGGGGGGUCAAGAAGGCACAGCCCCCCCCUUUUCCCACACCCAUCAUCACUUCCAUCACCACCACUGUGCCUUGACAUCCUGCUUGCCCUGCCCUCAGCUUUCCGCCCCUCUCCCCUGUUUGUCCUGCCCCUGCUCCUUCGGCCACUCCCGGCACAAGCAGGCGGAGCCGCAGGAGGAGAGGGGGCGGCGGCUUGUGACGCCGCAUCCCUGCAUGCACUGCACGGCCUCUUUUUCCCGACCAUCGCAGCUGCUGCAGCACCAGCGCUCGGAGCACGCCCACAAACCUCCCGGCUUCCUCUGCACAGAGUGUGGGCGGGCCUUCAACUCCCACAGCAACCUGCGCAUUCACCUCAACGUGCACACCGGCGCCCGGCCGUACAGCUGCCCCGACUGCGGGAAGAGCUUCAGCCAGUCAGGAGCUCUGAAGAUCCACAGGCGGACGCACACGGGCGAAAGGCCGUAUUCGUGCAGCUUCUGCGACCGGGGGUUCCCCAAUCUGGCAGGCGUCCGGGCUCACCAGAGAAUCCACACGGGGGAGAAGCCCUACCGCUGUGGCCACUGUGGAAAGUGCUUCACCCAGUCAGGAGCGCUGAAGAUCCACAUCCGCAUUCACACCGGGGAGAGACCCUUCCUCUGCAGCCUCUGCGGAAAGGCCUUCUCGAACCGCUCCGGAAUCCGCUUCCACCAUCGGACCGUCCACGGGCUGACGGAGGAACACACCGGGGAGUCGGGGGGGACUGCCUGCUCCCCCGGGCGCCCGAGGACCACACACAACCGGCCAGACAUCUCCGUCUCCCACACGGCUCCUCUGGGGUCCUCACAGACGAUCGCUCAUCCAGGCUCCGCCCCCAUCAGUGAUGCUGAGAGCAGAUUGCCUGGAGAGGGAGGCAGCAGGCGCAAAGCAGGACUCCUGUACGCAUGUGAGGACUGUGGGCUGCGUUUCAAAGAUGCCCCCUCCAGGAACAGACACCAGACUCUGGAGCACUACUCCCAUGAGAGGAGGGAGGAGGAGGAGGAGGAGCAGAGGGAGGAGUUCAGCCCCAGAGAGGCAGUCUGAGAGUCUCAGUGAUCUGUAAUCGCUCAGGUCGGAUUAGUUGACAGACAAUCAGAACGCCAUGUGACACCUGUUGAUGACAUCAUCCGCGCCCGUAGUGCAAUUACGCGCAAAUCACAUCAUUUAACCUGAAGUUAUUUCUGGAGUAAGCGAUGAUGGAGCAAACUGUCCAGAAACAUGUUUUUAAUACUGCAGAUGAUAAAUGAAGAAGUUAGUAAAAUAUUGAACUUCACACACAGACAUAACUAGACAGAAAAUAGAGCAAGUUACUGGAAAGAUGAUCUUGAUCUCAUUUAGAUAUAUCUCAUAUCUUACACUAGAGCAGGGGUCUGCAACCUGCGGCUCCAGAGCCACGUUUGGCUCUUUUAUCCCUCCAUCUCUAGUUGGAGAAAAAUACAAAGCAUUUAGUUUAAGAAAGUAACUGUAAAGGAAAUUAGAAAAAAAUAAAAUGACUUAUCACUCUGUGAUCCUCCAAAGCACAGAAGCCAUAGUGGGUUGAUUACCAAGAACUAAUCAUUUUUAAAGUUAAUUUUAAUUUUAGAUAUUUACGUUUAUGAAUUUCUGGCUAAGAAGCACCACUAACAUUUAAAAAUCUGUUUUUCAUUGAUGAAUUUAGACUAGAUACCACUAGAUUUGCUCCAUUGAGAUGACACAGGAAGUCUUUUAUUUUGAAAGAAAGCCUUGUGAACCUCUAAGAAAUAAGCUGUUGUUUCAUAUUUGGGGGAAAAAACUAUUUUCUGUUAAAGUUUGUUUUAUGCCAAAAAAUAAUAGUUUUAUUUCUCAUAAAAAUAACAAAAACAUAAAUAAAAAGUCUUACUUUUCUAAAGGAUGUAAGGCUCCUACUGGGUUGUGAUCAGUGAGAAAUCAACCCAAAUGGCUCUUUAGGUGUUAAAGGCUGCAGACCCCUGCACUAGAGAAUACAAUUAGACAGUUUUUGUUUUUUGUCUCUGCAUUCAUUGCCUGCUUCUAUUUAGUGGACAAACGCACCACUUCCUCUUCUGCCUCGUCAUGUAUCUUUAUGCUUACAGAGACCGCAAGUGUAUGAUCUAGAUCAGGAGUUUGUAACCUUUAACACGAAAAGAGACGCUUGGUCUAGUUUCUUACUGACCAGAACCUAUGAGAGCCACAAAGUCCCACUUUAUUGUUUAAAAAAUGCACAAUAUUUAUGUUUUUUUUUUUAGCAAUUAAUCAUUUAUUUAUACAUUUAGUUUUUAAAUAUUACAAUAAUUGAAUUACAACAGACUCUAUAUGUUUCUAUGUAUAAUAGUUAUAACUUUUGACAGCAGCACACACUAGUCCCUUUCAAAAUAAAGCCCAGGCUGCAUCAAAAAAGGGCAGCAGCUUUACCUGAAUUGAAGAUACAAGAUGUUUUUUAUCGUUAGGACUUUUGUGUGCUCUUUUCCUUUAACUCUCCAAACUGUACAGUAUUUUAGCAGAAUCUACUUAUUAAAAAGAAACUCAAACAUUUAGAAUAAACUGAGCUUUUUAUUGUCAUUCUUUAAGAUGUGAGGCACAAAACACACAACUCUAAAUCAUUGUCAGACAUUUUAAACUGUGUUUGUUCAAAA